CCAACCAGAUCCCCAGGCUCUCUCAGACCAACCACGAGCCACUUCCUCCCCUCCAACUCCAACACCAACACCAAGCUCGCGCUGCCUCCCGACGGUCACUGUUCACCUUUUCCCCGUAACAGGAACAAGUAGAUCUCAGGGGGAAGAGAGAGAAGAGCGUCCUCUGUCAUUACUUCACUUUCACUCAAGAAGAAAGAAACAUCGCGAGAUUGGUAGAAGCAAGACGCAGGCGGAGGAGGAAUUCAUAGUAGAUGCGUGCGCGUCGAUGAGGAUUCGGGGGCUGGCGAUGAGCGGCGGCAGGGAGGUGGCCAUCUCCGCCGUCUUCACGGCGCUCCUCGUCGUCUCCAUCCUCUUUCUCCCCUCGGUCCUGCUCACCAGCGGCAGGCUCGGCCCAUCCUCCGCCAAGGAGUGGCCGUUCCUCGCGGCGGCCAAGGACGGCGGCUACUACCCGGUGUCGUUCGCGUACCUCAUCUCUGCGUCGACGGGGGACGCGGAGCGAGCGGCGAGGCUGCUGGCGGCGCUGUACCACCCGGCCAACAGUUACCUGCUGCACCUGGACCGCGAGGCCCCCGCCGAGGAGCACCGCCGACUGGCUGAGCUGGUGUCCGGGCAGCCCGUGUACGGGCGCGUGGGGAACGUGUGGAUCGUGGGGAAGCCCAACCUCGUCACCUACCGCGGACCGACCAUGCUGUCCACCACUCUCCACGCGAUGGCGGUGCUCCUCCGCGUCGGCCGCCGCUGGGACUGGUUCGUCAACCUCAGCGCCUCCGACUAUCCGCUCGUCACCCAGGACGAUUUGAUGGAGGCCUUCUCGCGGCUGCCGAGGGAUCUCAACUUCAUACAGCACACCAGCCACUUGGGCUGGAAGAUAAAGAAGCGGGCGCGGCCGGUGAUCCUGGACACGGCGCUGUACGAGGCCGACCGGUCGGAGCUCCUCCGCCCGUCGCCCAACAUCACCACCAACCGCCGGGGACUCCCCACCGCCUUCAAGCUCUUCACCGACAAUUCAGGCCGCACAGCAAGCCGCGAAUGUGCUGGCGAAGCAAAUGCUGCAGUACCUUUUGCUUUGUUCGUCGAUUGCUUCCAAGAAACGGCAGGGUCGGCGUGGACCAUGCUGUCGCGGCGCUUCGCGGAGUACUGCGUGAUGGGGUGGGACAACCUGGCGCGGACGCUGCUGCUCUACCACGCCAACCUCGUCUCCUCGCCGGAGUUCUACUUCCAGACGGUGGCCUGCAACUCCCGCGAGUUCCGGAACGCCACCGUCAACAGCGACCUGCAUUUCAUCCGGUGGGACACCCCGCCCAAACAGCACCCGCUCUACCUCGGCCCCAAGGACUACCGCCGGAUGGUGCUCAGCAGCGCCGCCUUCGCCCGCAAGUUCAGGGACGCCGACCUCGUGCUCGACAGGAUCGACCGGGAGAUCCUCAAGCGCCGACCGCCGUCCCGCGACGACGAUCACGGUGAUCACGCCGCCUCUGCCUCUGUUGCUAGGCACGGCGGGCAGUUCUUCAGCUACGGCGGGUGGUGCUCCGAGGGGGAGGUGGGGCUGUGCUCCAACCCCUGGGAACCCAGCAGGAAGGGGGCCAUCAAGCCCGGCGCUGGGUCAAGAAGGCUCAGGGUCAUGCUCAACAAGAUGUUGUCCGGAAGAAACUUCAGGAAGCAGCAGUGUAGGUGAUCCACCCUUCUACCACGUCCAAGUGGUCUAACUCUGAUGAUCCGAGCAAAGGUGUCAUGUACAUACAGAAAGAGAGAAAAGGGGUACCAAGUUAAGGCAAUUUUGGCUGAGAUGGUGCAAUCUCGCAGAGUAACACAGGACGUGUAACAAUAAUUCAUGGGUUAACACGAUUACAUAUUUGACACGAUCACCCUUCUACCUAACACUGGCUGGUUCUUUAGGUUUUCUAUUCUACUAGAUGAUCCGUGCGCAAAGGGCGAGCGCAAACAAAGUAUUGGAAGAGUGUGCAUUGUAAUAUAUAGAUACAGAAUGGAACAUAUAGAAAUAAACGCAUAAGAGCAUUUUCAGUUGGCAUA